AUGGUCGCUGUUUUGGUUAUUUUCACGGCUUUCCUUGCCGUCCUUAUCGCUGCAAUCUUGCGUAUGUAUUUCAAUCAGCUUGUUCCGGAAGGACUGCCUGUCGAUCAACACCAUAAACUCCGAAUAGUGGGGUUGAUCACAAAGCUUACGGGAAUGGUGGUAAGUUUUAUCAUAUUAUAAGCUGUUUAAUGUCUUCGUUUAUUCCAAAAGUAUAAUGUAACUUUCCUCUUCGAAGUUGCUAUCUCGUUCUUGUGAUUUUAUAACUAUUUCAUUAAUAUACUGACCAACGUGCAUUCCAAUGGUGCCUUAUUUUGCACAUGCAGGUUCCGGGUUUGCGAUGGGAUGUGCGUUCUGCAUCCUUGACCAUAACUAGCCAGACCAAAAUAUGUUUUCCCCUUUCUAUUUCAGGCCUGAACCGCUGUUCUCAGGAGAUAAAUUCUAAAACACGUACCUAAUUUUCCGGACCCUGGUUCUAGAGACCAUAAAGCCUACCACAUCUAUUUUUAUUUCCAAAAAUGUUAUAAGCUUAAUGCCCAAUUUCAGAACCCCAUGGGGAGGUCAUACAUACUUGGGAACCCCUCCUCAGUGGAUUGUACUGCUGUUGCAGAGAUGUCAUUUUUAAAUUUGUUUGGAAAACAAAUUUCAUCACUCAUCAUUCACAUCUACCAUGGAAGUUAUCAAAAUGAAGGUAUAUCUAGGAAAUUAUAUCUGAUUUUUUGGGCCCUAGAAUUAAAGGAGAAAAAUGAUAUCCUUAAAUCUUUUUUAAAGGCAUACCUUGCAUCGUUGCUUGGCAUCGGAAGUGUUAUAAACAAUAUUCGUCAGAUCCAAAGUACCUUAAGUCGCCUUCAGAAUGUGCCAGAAGAUCCCUCACUUCAAAUCAAGGACUUCAAAAUUGCCCAUGUUCCGGUUCGUCUAUAUAGACCCAAACAAAUAGUUGAUGGUACAAAACAGAAAUGUGUGGUGUUCUUUCAUGGUGGAGGUUGGAUGUUCCUUAGUAUUGGUGAGUUAAUACUAAAGCCAAAGCCAAAGCCAAAUAAAUAAUGGAAAUGCAAAUAAAUGCUUUUAUCAUUCGAUGCAAAUGUUUCUUCCUUUUCAUUGGCCGAGAGCCCACCAUGUGACCUGCAAAUAACUGCCUACAAAUGAUGGUUUGCUCAUGCACAAUGCCCUUCACCUGUUGGCUGCAAAUACUGUUCUGCUUAUGCAUAAAUGAAACCAUGCUUUUCUCCUUCUUGUGAUCGCUCUUGCGUGAAAAUAGCAGAUCGCUUCGCUUACCGAAGAUAUGCCUUAAAAAAGAAACUCGUUGAUUGAAUGAUAAAACAAUAAUUAUUAUUGAACUUGGUUAUUGCAAAAUAUUGUGAUUUGUCAGUGUCUCGCAGAUCAAUUAUUUGCCUCAGCCAAAUAAUAAUUGAUCUGCUCGCCACUGACAAAUCACGAUAUUUUGCUCAACCUUGUCCAAUAAUUGCUAAUUACUUAAAAUAAAACGUAAAUUAAAAGUAUUCUUAUUAAACAAGGUUGUACAUAAACAAACAUCCAAUGUAUCAGGGGCACCCAACGUUAAUUUUUGCAAAAUAUCUGUUCGGAAGACAAUCAAUUUGAGAUGUAGAAGUUUUGGAACAUUUGUUGUUUGAUUUCUUGCUUGCCUGCCUCUCUCGUAAGAUUUUCAAACAUCUAAAAAUGGUUUAAUUGCCAAUUUUUAACUGAUUUUUACCCUGAAAAGGUCACCUAGAAUUUUCGGGAGCCUUUUUUCUGGCUGAAAUUUUCGAAAAGGUAAGUUUUGUUCCCUAGAAUUUUUGGAUCACUAGAUCUGGAUUUGGAUAGAUUUAGAUCACUUUCAGCUAGGAAAUCCAAACAGAUGGAAAAUUUUAAGGGUGUAAAAACAUGCCUAUAUCUACUGUUUAAAUACUGAAAUACGUUCAACAAUGCUAUGUUUAAGUGGGUUUGAACUAUAUUCUCGUUCGGUACCCCUGAUGUAUGAUAACCAAUAAGUUGCACUAUUUGUUUAGGGUCUCUUGGGGGGUAAAAUAAAGGCAAAGCCACAUGGAUUUCCAAAAAAAUAUAUUCUAGUUUUGUCAUAAGCAUUCUCAUUGCUCUUAUGAGGGAGUUCCUCCCAGGAUCAAAAGCGUUUCUGUGGCCCAGCAAUUCAUGGCAACCACAGAAACAUGAUCACAACUUGACUCCAUCAGGUAGCUGAUACAAUCUUGAAAUGUGUCACUCUUCAGGGGCACCCAACAACCAAAUUUUCCAAAUAGUCAGAAGUAAAGAAUAGUCUCAGAAACUAUUUUUCUGUCCGUAUAUCUUGAAUAGGGGAACUUUGGUCAUCUCAAAAGUUGUAGGUGGCUCUUUUUGUCUCAUCCGAAACUGUCAAAACCCAGAUGGGUGUGGUCAAAAGUUUGAGGAAAUAUUGGAGUAGCUGUCCAUUCACAAGAAGAUUCUAGGAGAUGUUAAUUUUGUCUUUAUAGCAAAAUAUUUUCAGGAGACUCUUUUUAACAAUAAAAUAUUUCAUUAAUUAUGCAAUAUUCUGGUAAUGAAGUAUGAAAAACACAACCUCCAAAUUAAAAACCGUAUGUAAGUUAGUAGAAAAACUGCAAACAUCUUGGCCUUUCUUGAGCUUUAGAAAUUCCUAGUUGCCCUAAUUUUGAACAGUAUUUUACAAAAAAAAAGACAUGUGGAUGCCUCUGACUCUCAGUACUUUUAUUUUAACCCUUUAGACCCUAAGAUCAAAAUAUGAAUUCUCAUUUGCUGCCCCUAUUCAUUCCUACAGAAGUAGUGGGGAGAAGUUGAUAAAAUAUUAAGCAAAUUUAUCUUACGUGAUCACGUCCAUAAUUCUCAUGAGCACUCUGUUUUACAAAGCAUUGAUAUUACAAGGAGAAAUUUGAUGCUGAUCACUCUCAGGACUUAAAAGGUUCACUAAUUUCUUACUGAUCAUGAGUCUGUUCCUUUUAGAUUUUUACCAUUCCCUCACUCAAUAUAUGGCUGCAAAUGCUGGAGUGGUAGUUGUAUCUGUUGGGUAAGAUAUUCUAGUACAUUUACUGGUACUUGAACUUGCAUAUACAUUGCUGCUUGUUUAAACAUGCAAUAAUUAUGAUUUCUAUUGAAAGCAGGAUAAUUUAAUCAAGAAGUUUUGUUUUUUAAGUUUUUAACAGAAAUUUUGGCAUGUAACGCCUCUUAUUUAUGAAUUACACUGGUUACCGUUUAAAUAUAGAAUAAUUAAUUACUUUUAAGAUUCUUAAUUUUUUAGCGCCUACUUAUUUAUCGCCUCUCAUUUCUCUUAGGCUCCCAUCUAAAUAUAGUCUAAGGAAUUCUAGUGAUAACCUUUUACUAAGUUAUCGGCGUUUUAAAUCUAAAGCUACACUAGGUGAUCAUUCUUUUACCUGUGCUGCACCAAAACUGUGGAAUGCGUUACCAUUUGACAUAAGAAGCGCCUGAGCACAGUAUUUUUAAAGCCAAGCUAAAAACUCACUUUUUCCAUCAUGCAUUCUUAUCAUAGUUGUUUUUAUUAUUGUGAGUUUACUUUUAAUUGUAAUUUUAGCUUUUUAAAUCAUUGUAAGUUUACUCUUGAUUGUAAUUUUAGCUUUUUAGCCUUUUUAUUUCGUUUUUAAUUAUUUAUUAUUACUAUUAUUAUUAAGUCAUUCUGCAUGUGUAAACUUAAUGUUAUCCACAAGCCAAUGGUAAAAUGGGCAACAAAAACAUGUAACUUGUUUUGUAACUUACACGAGCACUGCUGCAAAACGAGUUAACCCUUUAAGUCCCAAUAGUGACCAACAGCAAUUUUCUCCUAACAAUGUUCGUGAUACAUUGUCAAGAGAUAAGGUUGUGAGAAUGUAAAAAAUUAUCAUGAAAGAGAAAAUGCCUUGAUGUUUUAUCAAAUUCUCUCAACUAAUUCUUAAAGGAAAUGUAUAGAGAUCAGUUUGGAGAAUUUGUAUGUGGAUACUGGGGCUUAAAGGGUUAACAGACAAAGUUGCACUUUUUAUCGUACACGCUCAAACCUGUUUUGCAACUUUAAAUCGGCUUGUUACAUUAAGUUAUGUGAAUACUGACUUCUGAUUGGAUCCAGUUUUGUGGGAGUCAAGCCAUACAUGAGUUAAUUACUCGUUGCAAAAAGUUUGUCUUCUAGGUUGGUAAAAUGUGCAACAUGUACCGAUUUUGUUGUAAAAAGUAGAACUAAUUCUCUCUACUUUCUGCAACAACUGCCUUCUUUUGCAACUUGCAACAAGCUGAUUUGUUGCAAGAUAGGUUGAUUCGGGGAUGGUAAAACAUGCAUCACUGCUAUUCAACUUGUUUUGGAACAUUGGUGAAAAACAAGUUACACAUUUUUGUCGCCCAUUUUACCGUAACUUUACAUAUAUACACAGGUACAGGUUGGCACCUGAAAACCCCUUUCCAGCUGGUUUUGAUGACUGUGUUGAAGUGGUGAAAAGUCUUCUUGAAACUGGAGAUGAGUAUGGUAUUGACACGAACCGUAUAGUGUUAGCAGGAAGCAGUGCAGGUGGAAAUUUGGCAGCAGCUGUAACUCAUCAUUUACACAAUGAGAAUAGAAAGCUGGCUGGUCAGGUAGGUUAUCUUAAAAUAAAAUGUAGAUGUUUUAUUGCAGUUAGUGAAGUGGCCUCCCACACAGACAUUCUAAGGGGUUCGUCUGGCAUAAGGAUUACUCAUGGCGAGCCAAAAGAACCUGUGCGGGGAUGGCCCUUGAUGGAGGAUGACGCUUCCUAAUCUGGUGGUUGCCCUGUGAUUUUAUGGGGGCCUGUGCAACCAAGAAGGACAAGACAAUUUUUUCAGUCCCCUUAUCCACUUCCAGCUUAAAGUGAAAAGCACACUUUUCUACCCCAUGUUACAAACUACUAAUAUUUUUUUUUUUUAAAAAAAAUAAAUCAAUUGGCAGAGAACAAAAAUAAGUUGGUUAUCUACAAGCACAUCCAGUGUUAAUGGCAAUAGACCUCUCUAAUUUCUAUGAUUUGUUUUGCCAAUGUAGCUCAUGUGAUGAUGAGAACUGUUUCUUUCAGAUUUGUCAUAUUUCAGACUCAUAUAUGUAUAUGAAUAAUUUGUGAAAAGACAAUUUCCUCUGAGACCUUCAUAGGGAAAACAAAACGUACUUUUCUUGUAAGCUUAAGAGGUCUAUAGGUUAAUUAGCAUAUAUAAGUUGUCGUUAACAAGGUAAAGUUUAAAAAGCGUCACAUUUUGAAUCACAGACUCAAACAUUGAAGCUGUAAAAGUGUCUGGACCAGCAAAAAUGGUGCUCUUAAGAACUUGCUUUAACGGUGCAGCCCGUGCUAGUGCAUUUUUAAAGCUUUUGUUUUUGAGGAGAAGAAACAACCUGGGUUCUUGGAGGAAGUAACCUCUAACAGCAAGGAAGAGAAUUAACUAACAUCAAACUGAAGUAAGCCUCUUGUUAUUUUUCAGAUCCUUUUAAAUCCUUUACUACAGUUCAUGGAUUUGACACUGCCCUCUUAUCAAAAAAACAGUUCUGCUGUUCUCUCUAAAAUAGAAGUGGCAUUGGCUUGGUCAUUUUAUAUUACCGGUACAAAACGGAUGUCUCGUCCGAUUGGUGCUAACAAGCACUCAGCGCAUCUUUGCAACACAAAGUAUUCAAAAUUCAUUGGUGUUUGUGAUGCUGAUGUUGACAAAGUUCAGAAAGAACCACCAAAAGAUAUUCCUCAGGAAAUUGUUGAUUCUCUUACUGAUUACAGAACGUCACCUUUAAUGGCUGACAACAUGACUGGCUUACCCAAAACUUUGAUAAUCACUGCUGAAUUUGAUGUUCUCAGAGAUGAUGGACUGUUGUACAAGAAACGUUUAGAAGAAGCUGGUGUACCUGUGACACAUCAUGAAUACAAGUCAUUCCACGGCUUUCUACUGUUAAGAGGUGACAAGAAGAUAUGCGCUUCAGCCAAAGAAAAUAUUAUCAAAUUUUUGAAGGAAUUGUAGAGCAGUAGUUUAUUGCUGGGUCUUAGAAACUGCAUGGUCUUUGUAGAGAGUUAGGGUAAAAUUCUGACCGGCAACAUAACCUUGAAACAGCAACAUAGGACAAACCCAAUGGGGAAAAACGAGUUAACGAUAUAUAGUUGGGUUGAAACUGUGACGAGGACAAUCUAAAUAUUGUAAAAUACUGACUGGGGCGUGGCUUCCUCUAGACUCUAGACCUCUUGGCGAGCGGCCGACAGAGCAACGAAGUCGCGAGAGGUCGACGUCCUUCGUCCCGCUCAAUAUUGAAUCGGACGAAGGACUUUUUUGAAAGUCUAAGCUUCCUCCUCACUGCCACAGUGAGGAGGAAGCAGUCGCAUUCUGCCCAAAACGACCGAUAUUGAAAUUCAGAUCUAAGAGGGCCUCUUCAUAACCAAUGAUAUCACCGCUUAACAGACAGACAACCAAUAAUCGGAUUUAAUUGACUAAUCAGGUCCAUAACAGAGUAUUUAUACCAUUUGAAUGGCUUUAUUUAUACAUGAAGCUUUCAGUAAACCUUCUGGUUACCUGGCAUAUACACAGUAUUU